AUGAAGCUAUUGGCUGCGUCUUUCUUACUGGUCAUCUGUACAAAUUGGGCAUUUGACGUCCGAAGAUACCCCACAAAGUACAAGGAGCUGAAUAAACCGCAGCAACAGCAGCCAGCAAACGACAACUCGAGAUACGCACACGGAUACGGAAAACGAACCAACCCACUCCUGGCCCCUUCAACUCGGAUGACGUCACACGAGGGCUGGCACGCCGAUGGUGGGACGACCACAGAAGAUACGCACACGGUAACGGAAAGCGGACCAGUCCAUUCCUGGCCCCACCAACGAUUCCAACAGACUUUCUAUCAGGGGUCAACUGUCUCCAGUUUCAGAGCCAUCGAUACUAAUGAAAUCGAGAACCGACAGAUACUCUGA